AUGCGCGUCGAUCAAGAUUCCCUGGCGCCACAAGUUGAUUAUUAUCGAUUGGUGGUGGCUAUAUUGGCUCUCACGCUAGCUAUUCCAACUUUCGUUAUUGCUGCUAUACUUACAAAGCACUUUUUCAGAGGCAAAUUGAACACAGUGUUUACGAAAAUAUGCUACUUUGCGGUGGUUGCGGACCUGCUCGGAUUGCUGCUCGAUCUCGUUGCCUGGGAUUUCGCGAGUAUGGGAUUACUACGAUACUACGAGUAUAUUUCGUCCGGCUUUAUUCCCACGAUUUUGUCGCUCGGCCAACUAGCUUCCCGUAAAUUCCAAAUGUUUUGCUGUGUACUUAUCGCCUUCAACCGCCUCACAGUACUUUCCUGGAGACAACCUACAGUCAAGAAGUUCUGGCAACACUCCCAUUGCCCACUAUUAUUAAUUGGGCUCGCCAUAUCGCUGGUAUUUUUGAUGGGAAUGGCCCUGCAUGGGGCGAGAUUCGAACGUUUCAACACCUGCUGUGUCUGGAUUUUGAGAUCGGGCCGGCAGUCGUUUGUGGGUCUU